AUGUCGGUUCUUCAAAAAAUCGCUGACAUUGAGGCCGAGAUGGCUAGAACUCAGAAGAACAAGGCAACAAAUGCUCACUUGGGUAUUCUGAAGGCUAAACUCGCUAAACUUCGUCGUGAUUUGAUCACCCCAAAAGGUGGAGGUGGUGGACCAGGAGAAGGAUUCGAUGUUGCUAAAACCGGAGAUGCUAGAAUUGGAUUCGUCGGUGGAGAAUCAGGAAACAUUCCUGGCGGUGGUGGUGGUAGUGACUGA